CGCAAUUGCAGCACCAUUUGCAGCGGCACAAAGCAGGAGCAGCCCACCCGACCCCGCCAGCACCGCGUCCCAGCAGCCAGGGCGCCUGGAUCCCCCCGGCCGUGGGGGAUGGGGAGGGGAGGGGACAGACGGAUAAAGAGGGAGGAGAGCGCCAGUCCGCAGCUGCUUGCGGAGGCGAAGCCCGUUUCCUGCUCAUCCUCGCCCUUCGAGCAGCCUUGAGCCCCUCCCCAGCCCCCGGGCUCUGCCUCAGUUUCCCUCUCCGAAAGGCUCUGGAGGUACACAACGUAUGGAGGGAAGCUGCUUGCUGCUACUGUAGCCUUCCCCGUCCCCUCCCCUGACGUCACUGCAGCAGGGUGACACCGUGGCUUGCUGGGUGCAGCACUCCAGGGAGGCUCCACCAGCUGCUGCUGGGAAGGGCCCCCGUUUUGGCAGCACUGUCACCCAGCAGGGCCCCUGGCUGGGAAACCUUGCACCAAGACAGCAGGCUACUGGGUGAAGCAGGAUGAAUAUGCCAGCUGAGGAGCCAGGCAACCUGGCCCAUGCCACCUUUGAGAGAUUCCUGCAUGCCAGCGAGUGCCGGGAGGUGCUGGGCUGCUUUGGGGAGCUGUGCCAGCAGCUGGAGCUGCAGGGCAGUGGACUGCAGCUCUACCAUGGCCUCAAGGCUGCCCUUAACUACUGGAGUGCCAAGGCCCUGUGGAGCAAGCUGGAUAAGAAAGCUGGUCACAAGGACUAUGAGCAGGGCACAGCCUGUGCCAACACCAAGUGCCUGGUGGUGGGGGCUGGUCCCUGUGGGCUCCGGGUGGCCAUCGAGCUGGCGCUGCUGGGUGCCCACGUGGUGCUGCUGGAGAAACGCGACUCCUUCUCCCGCAACAACGUCCUGCACCUCUGGCCCUUCACCAUCCACGACCUGCGGAUGCUGGGCGCCAAGAAGUUCUAUGGACGCUUCUGCACUGCAUGCUGGACCACAUCAUGAGCUUCCUGGGGGCAGCUGAUCCUGCUGAAGGUGGCUCUGCUGCUGGGCGUGGAGGUGCACAUCAACGUGAGGUUCAGUGGCCUCAUCCCCCCCUCGGGCAAGGCAGGCGGACAGGGCGGCUGGCGCGCUGUGCUGCAGCCUAACUCCUCUCUCAGCCACUAUGAGUUUGACGUCCUCAUCUCAGCUGGUGGUGGCAGAUUUGUCCCUGAAGGGUUCAAGAGAAAGGAGACACGGGGCAAGCUGGCCAUUGGCAUCACCACCAACUUCAUCAACCGCCACAGCCGGGCAGAGGUUGGAGGUGGCCGAGAUCAGUGGUGUGGCCAGAUCUACAACCAGAGCUUCUUCCAAAACCUCUACAACAGAACAGGCAUUGACCUGGAAAACAUUGUCUACUACAAGGACGACACUCACUACUUUGUCAUGACAGCCAAGAAUCAGAGCCUGCUCAAGAAGGGGGUCAUCCUCCAGGACAAAGUGGACAUUGAGGAGCCUCUUGGCCCAGAGAACGUCAACCGUGAUGCCCUCCUUAGCUAUGCCAAAGAAGCUGCCAACUUCUCCACCAACUACUGCCUGCCUGAGCUGGAGUUUGCCCUCAACCACCGGGCACUGCCAGACGUUGACAUGUUCGACUUCACCUGCAUGAGGCGCUCGGAGAACGCGGCGCUAGUGCGGGAGCACAACGGAGCCCGUCUGCUCCUCGGGCUGGUGGGCGACUGCUUGGUGGAGCCCUUCUGGCCACUGGGCACUGGCGUGGCCAGGGGUUUCCUUGCUGCCUUUGAUGCAGCAUGGAUGGUGCGGCGUUGGGCAGCUGGGAUGCCCCCCCCUGGAGUCCUAUCCUUCCCACCCAGGGAGAGCAUCUAUCAGCACCUCUCACAGUCCUCCCAGCAACAUCAACAGAAGAACAUCAGCCAGUACAGCAUUGACCCAGCCAAGCGCUAUACCCCAACAUCAACCUGCAGGCCAUCAAAGGCCAACCAGGUAACCCUGACCAGGUCCCGGGACCUCUACCUCGUGGGCAUGGUUGAUGUGGACCACAAGAGGAAAAAUGACAACCAGCUCAGCACUGCAGCUCCUGCCAUGGCCUAUGAAGAGCUGCUGAGCUGGUGUCAGGCCAGCACGGCUGGGUACCGUGGAGUGGCUGUCACUGACUUCACCACCUCCUGGACCAGCGGCUUGGCUCUCUGUGCCCUUAUCCACCGCUUCCACCCUGACCUGGUAGACUUUGAUUCUAUAGACCCCCAGGAUCCCAUCCAGAUCCACCAGAUGAUGCUGGACAAGGCGGAGCAGGAGCUGGGCAUCCAGCCUGUCCUCUCCAGUGCCGAGAUGGCUGCCAUGGCAGAGUCUGACCAGCUGGGGCUCAUAACCUACCUCAGCCAGUUUUAUGACACUUUCAAGACCUCUCCAGAGGAGGCGGUCAGCAAGAAGCCACUGUCUCCUCGUGGCACACGAGGGGCCAUCCUCUUCCUCAAGCUGCAGAAGAGCUGGAACCUGACACACAAUCGUGCCCAGGACAAUUCCCAGAAGGAUGCUGAGACCAAAAGGAUCUGCAGGGGACACCAAGGUGGGUCCCUUGCCCUGGGUACUUUAAGGGAUGCUCUGUUGGGGCUGCAGCUGAACCAGGGAAAGAGCAGGGGACGGACCCCUCCUCUUGGGUUGCUUGUUAGGUGGACAUGGGGGCUGGAUGGAGACACUCCAGAUGCUGCCACAAGCUGCCACAAACCCCCCACGAUGCACCCAGAGCAGCCACUGGCCCGUGGGGACAGCAGUGACGCCUGCUACUUCUGCGGCCUCCGCGUCUACAUCCUGGAGCGAGCCAGUGCCGAGGGACGCUUCUUCCACCCGCAGCUGCUUCCAGUGCCAGCGCUGGGCGGGGCCACCCUGCGCCUGGGCGACUACGGCUUCGACGAGGCGGGACACAGCAAGAUACUGUUGCCAUGGAGAAGCAGGAGGAUGCAGGUGAUAUGGACGAGCAAGAUGAUGCUGGUAACUUGGAGGAGACAAAGGAUGCUGUAUGACAUGGAGGAGCAGGAGGUGCUGGCACAGCCCAGCAGAGAUGCGAGGGAGGAGGAGGGUCCCAGAAUGGAGCCCCAAAGGUUGACAGAGGAGACUGAGAGGGGGGCAAGAAGGAAGAUAGUCCUCUCACCGCUGGAGAAGUUCAAGCUGUCCACACUGAACCUCGCCAGUGAAGCAGAGCCUGAGCCACCAAAGCCAGCUCGUUUGCGGCUCCAAGCCCACCUGAGGCUGACCUUGCCCUGUGGGGGGGAACAAGGCACCUGGGAGGAGGAGGACAUAGCCAUGGAAGGAGGUAGCUUUGGAGGAGAGGUGGACAGUGAGGAAGAGGACACAGACUUUGGCACCAUGACACAGUCGCUCCUGAACCUGGGGCAAGAUGGGAAACCAACCACGCUGGAGCGCACGUUCAACCGCCAGGCCCGGAAGGCCCAGACCAAGCGCUUCCGCAAAGCCCAGGCCAUCCAAAGGCGGCUGGAAGAGAUCGAGGUGACAUUUCGGGAGCUGGAGCAGCAGGGCAUCAAGCUGGAGAAGUUACUCGGGAGGAGGGAAGGUAAGGCCAGGAAGAGCAGAAGAUGCGGUGGAUGAACCAACUGCCUGUACCUGGUCCAGAAGAAGAACAACCUGCUGUCUGAGGAGUCAGACCUUAUGAUUGUGGUGCAGGAGCUGAAGCUGGAGGAGGAGCAGUGGCAGCUUGACCAAAAAGCUCCGGUACUAUGAGAGCAAGGAGGGUGAGUGCUGGCACGUGCCUGUCUGGCUCCCUGUGCACAGUGGUGG